AUGGAGGAAGCCCAGCAGGCAAAGGCAGAAGCCAGGCCAGGUUCAGAGUUGCGGACAGCCGAGGGAGGCGAGAAUGGGAAAGAAGGGCAAGGAUUCCAGGCUGAGACGCGGCGCGGGACCCGAGGGGAUGUUGGGGAGGCGAGGAGGGGUAGAGAACGCAGAGGUCGAGGGGAACGGGACUUAGGGGCAGCAGGGGAAGGGAGCAGCGGGGCGCGACUCGGCGCGGGCCGCACAAGUCCCGGCUCAGGGACCAGCCCUGCGCGGGCCACGCCUUUCGGUCCCAGUAACCCCCCCACCCCUGGCACUCCGCCCCCGAGGCGGGUCAGGGGAAAUACCCCUCCCCGGGGACUUUUGGAACCCGGGUGUCGUGCUGCCAACACGUUCCCAGAGCCCGGUCCCAUCCACCCCUCUCCGAGCCGUCCCUACUGCUACCUUCCCCCACGGCCGGUGCCCCGGGUACCCCGCGCGUUCAGGGCCGGCUCCACGCCUCUGCUCCUUGCUGCCGCUCUCACGGGGGUCCCCGGACAGAGCCGGCCAUCCCCUCCCGCGCUGCCCGCACCGACAUCAUCAGGGCACGAAGACGGAUUCUCUCCAGCCUGCUGCCCCACAGCCCUGAAGAUCCCUGUUUCCAGACGCCCCUCCGCCCCCGACUCGCGCCGACCCAGGGCGGCGGCCAGUGACUCAGGCCCCUCGAGGGACUUUGGGAGGAAGCUGCAGCUGCUCGGAGCCGAGCCCGCCCUUCCCAUCUCUCGCCGCUCCGCCCCACGCUUUGGCCUUCCCGGGCCAGCCUUUGUUGCUGCGGGUCGAGGGCGGUCGCGGUGGGGGCGGCUGUGGGGACCAGGGGGAGGGCGGGAAACAGGCUCUCGGAGGCUCAGGGCCUCGGCAGCUUCUCGGCCCUUCCAGGGAUGUCACCCCGACCCUUGUUAGCUUCACCUUGUCUCCCUUGGUCCCUUGGGCUGUAGCGGGAAAAACUG